AUGAAAAAACGAUCUGCAGAUCAUAAGAAAUAUGUGUAUGGAACCGGCGGAGGUCCAUCAAAAGAACCAGCCACUGAUGAAUUCGACAACUUGUUAAAAGAUAUUUUGCCAGAAAAGCAAAUAGAGGGGAUGAUUUCCCAAUACGACAGCGACUUCAUAUCCACAGAAGAAAAAUAUGAAAUUUUGGAGUGUUCAAGCCGUGAUUUAAGUCCGUGUGCAUCACGGCAGCCCAGCAUUUUUAAACGAAGCGAACAACUGAUUCAUAGUCAAACACUGCAGCAAGAAAAUGAUACUACAAUGACUGAUUGCUUGGGCUUGCAAGGGGAGGCUACUUUGUCGACAAGCAAUAAUAUUUGCAUUUCAACCCCAAAAUAUUCUGGAACUCAAAAUGAUGGAGUUAUUGAAAAGGAUUUUGAAACUUGGGAAAAAUAUACACCAGUUCAACUAAAAACGUGUAAAAACAAGAAACUGUGCCUUGAUACUGGAAAAGCAAAGCAGUCAAGUUGGACUAAACUUGCGGAAUUAAAGGCCAAAUGGUCUGAAUCAAAAAUGAAACAGGAAUUGGAGUUUGCCAAAACCGAGCAUUUGUUGCGUGUUGCUAAUAUGAAGGAAUUGCAUGAGCUGCAAAUAAAAACUACUUCUGAAAAGCAUAAUUUGGAAAUGCGCGUACUUCAAGAGAGUAUCCAAAGAAAUUAAAAAAAGAAGUGUUUGAUCUUCAUAUACAGUCCAGGUAAAAAAAAUAGUACCUCAAAAUGUUGACCUUUUUUUAUGUUGGA